ACGACCCGAGAUCUGCGGGAUUCAAGAGGAUCAAACCCGGUUUGAGGACCAGACUGAGCUCCGAACCUGCUGCUGGUUUCUCCUGAUCGGAUCCUCUGCAGCCGACAUGAGCGACGGUCGGUCUGCAGAAAAACCCACUGACUGACUGGUGACCUGUGACUGGACCCAGACAGAUGUGGCUCCCCUGGGCUCGCUGCCAGGACGGUGAAUCCUCUGGUCCGGACCAGGACAGGGAGAAGCGCUGGGCUGAGCUGUUUGACCAGCUGGACCUCAACAAAGAUGGACGCAUCGAUAUCCGUGAGCUGCGGACAGGACUGGCAGGACGAGGGCUUUCCAGAGGCUCCUUGGAGAGGAUUGUGGAGGCCGGAGACACCAACCAGGAUGGAGUGCUGGACUUUGAAGAGUUCACACAGUAUCUUCGUGCCCAUGAAAAACAGCUUAAACUCAUGUUUCGCAGCCUGGACAGGAAUAAUGAUGGUAAGAUCGAUGUAGCAGAGAUUCAGCACUGUCUGCGCUCAAUUGGUGUGAACAUCAGUCUGGAGGAUGCCACCAGGAUUUUACUGAGUAUGGACAAAGACGGCACCAUGACCAUUGACUGGAAUGAGUGGCGAGACUACUUCCUGUUUAACCCCAUCACUAACAUGGAGGAGGUGGCACGCUACUGGAAGCGCUCAAUGAUGUUGGAUAUCGGUGAGCAGCUGACAGUUCCAGAUGAAUUUACAGAAGAGGAGAAGAAGUCUGGUUACGUGUGGAGGCAGCUGAUGGCUGGAGCUUUAGCCGGAUCUGUAUCUCGGACUGGAACUGCCCCUUUAGACCGCAUCAAAGUGUUCAGGCAGGUGCAUGGCUCCACUGAUUUUAAAGGAAACGUGCUGAACAGUUUUCAGUACAUGCUGAAAGAGGGAGGACUGCAGUCGAUGUGGAGAGGCAACGGAAUCAACGUUCUAAAAAUUGCCCCAGAGACUGCUAUCAAGUUCACCGCUUAUGAACAGAUCAAGAGCAUGAUGCGUGGCGGUAGUGAAACCAGAUCUCUGAGGGUUCAUGAGAGGUUUGUCGCCGGCUCUUUGGCAGGAGCGAUGGCUCAGACAGCCAUUUAUCCAAUGGAGGUGCUGAAGACUCGACUCACACUGAGAAAAACAGGUCAAUACUCAGGAAUUGCAGAUUGUGCCAAACAGAUCCUACAGCGGGAAGGUGUCGCAGCCUUCUACAAGGGCUACGUACCAAACCUGCUGAGUAUCGUCCCGUACGCUGGCAUCGACCUGGCUGUCUAUGAGACUCUGAAGUUUGCCUGGCUGAACAGGAACAUAGGUUUAGCUGAUCCUGGGGUCAUGGUGCUGGUCGGAUGUGGUGCCGUCUCCAGCACGUGUGGACAGCUGGCAAGUUACCCACUGGCACUGAUCCGCACCCGAAUGCAGGCACAAGCUUCAGUGAAAGGAGCCCCUAAACUCUCCAUGUUGGCUUUGUUCCGCAACAUUGUGACCAAGGAGGGUAUUGCCGGACUUUAUCGAGGAAUAUCUCCCAACCUGCUGAAAGUCGUCCCCGCUGUCAGCGUGUCAUACGUCGCCUAUGAAUACACAAGGAUAAUGCUGGGAGUGGACAUUGAGGGUAGGAGGGAAGGGAAAGGGAAAGGGUAGCACGAGGAGAGAUGGUUUGGGUUGGCUUUCAUUGCAAGCAUGCACAGAUCUGCUGGCAGUGCAUGAAGAAACGGGCCUUGACUGUGGAUGUUCCUGAGACUGCAAAUCUUCAGUUUUCAAGAUGAGGAUGACAGAAAAACAACUAAAUAUUACACAUAUGUUAUAUAUAAACUGGAAGCUGCUGGAAAUAGGUUCAAGUGUAUUUUUAAAUGCAUGUCAGCAGUUGUGUGAGAGCUAACCAACCAGCAUCUUGCAGCUGCAGUGACUCGGACUGAUAAAGAUUUGCAUGAAUUUCCCUGAGAUCAGGUUAAAAAAAAAAAAAUGUAGCCAAUCUUGGAAGCUAUGUUACAUUCCUACAGCAUUAUUUUUGUCUCCCAGGUGGGAUAUAAAGAAGACAGAGGACUGAUGGACACAUUGGCAAAGUUACAGUGUCGGGACUUUGAUUGAUAUGUCUUAAAAUAAUGUUACACCUGCUAAAGUAGAGCAGCAGUGAUCAAAGAUAGUAACGGAACUUUAUUCCUGGAGGAAAAGAAGGAGAAAACAGGAGGAGACGAGCUCAACAUUCUCUGUCCUGGAAGGAUUACUACUGAGUAAAGCACAACCAAAGACUUCAUAUUUUACAAAAGAGAAGCUGCCAAAGCCGCAUCAAGAAGCUCAGAGGAUUUAUGAAAACCUCCUCUGCAACAUGUGUGUCAUCAGUGUUCACUACAUGGUCCAGUACCACGCAGUAUUUUAAUAAACACUCCAGCCAAGAGUCAACUUUCUACUAUAAAACUACUGUAUAUAAAGUGAUAUUUAUUGCCAACGAACACUUUUGAUGUGUCAGUAUUUAUGGGCAAAUAAAUGCAUGCACAGUGCUGCUUUUAUUAAAUACUUUCCAUUGAGAUUUUUAUUGAUGAAUGAAUGUUGAGAGAUGCUGAGAAGAUGCAUCAGUCUGUAAACACCCCACAAAUGAACCCUGUUUGCCACUUUG